AUGGGUUGGUGGUGGAGCUCCGCCCCUAAAGAGGGCCAGUCUUCUGCGCCUGCUGCCUCCAGUCCUCCUGCCUCACAACCCCCUCCAGAGACCACCUCCGCACCUUCACAACCACCGCAACCCCGGACUCUCACCCGCGAGGAGCAGGCUGACGCAGAAUGGAAGAAGUUGAUCGCCAGUCUGGAGAGCGACAUCAGUGGUCAAAAGCAGCAGCAGCAGCAGCAGACACAAUCCGCUGGUAAUUCCACAUCAUCCGACUCCACAUCAUCACCAUCCUCCACCGAUCCUCAAGCACCUCCCUCGUCCAUUGCUCCCGAAUCCCUCUACGAUGAUACCAUGUCUUGUCGCUCCGCAUUCGACUACGCAUUCUUCUGUCAGUCCUUUGGAGGCCAGUUUGUCAACGUCUACCGCUAUGGUGAGCUGCGGUCUUGCAGCGAACACUGGGACAACUUCUGGAUGUGCAUGAAGACCCGCACGUUACCGGAUCAGCAGCGCCGGAAGGCAAUCCGCGAUCACAACCGGAAGAAGGCCAUCAAGUACAAGACAGGGCCCAGCAGCGAGGACGUGUGGGACGUGCGGACAGAGCCGGUGCAAAAUGCGUUCUCCGGGGAUUUCGCGGCCCUGGAACGGGAAAUGCAGGCAGAGGAAGAAGAAGCAGCGCGGCAGAAAGCUGCUACAGCCUAA